GCUUGUCGCGCUUGCCAGUUCGUCAGGAGUCCGCUAAUGACGCAGAAGAAACGUUCUACUCUUUGCGCUUGCAAUCAAUGCCGAUCACACACAAAGAUAUUGCACGUGCAACCUCACAUGACCAACUUCUUUGCAGAGUACUCGAGCUCACAAGUACAGGGUGGCCUAACUUUACGGACGACGUGGAGCUCAAGCCUUUCUUUGACAGGCGAACACAGCUGACCACACACCAAGGCUGCCUCCUGUGGGGAAUGCGUGUUGUGGUGCCUGCAAAGCUGAGGUCUCUGGUUCUACAAGAACUUCACGACGGUCAUCCAGGGGACCACCCAGAUGGCUUCCGGGUACUGUGGUACGGCAGAAAGGACCCGUUUCGUAUGCCGUCAAGGUACACACGCCAAGGGGCCUGGCCGUGUGGCAUCGUCACCAAGAUCAGCUUCUCCUGGGUGCAGCUGACGUCUCCAAGGGUGAGGAGAACAAGGACACCUUCUGGGAGUUCUCGGACGCCGCUGCAGAGACACCGACGUCAGCGCCCGCAGCCUCCGAGGCAGCACCACCAGUACGAAGAUAUCCCGUGCGCAAUCGACGGGCGCCUGAUCGCUACACGCAAUCUUAAUUUUGUGUAAUGGUAGCUCCUCACAA